CCCUGAGAGGCGUAGGAUCAGGGACAGAAAGUGCCAACCUCUAUAAGACUCCAUGACCACCUCUGCCCCCACACACUACUUUGAAAUAUCCUCUCACAACACAACCUGCUCUAGGGACACUACUGACUACUGUUAAGAGACAUGUCUUUCCUCAAAGGCAUUUUGGGCAACUCAGCGGACAAAUAUGUCGACCAGGCAGUGGAUACGGCAGCUAAAGCUGCCAAAGUCAAGGUGAAGACUAUGCUUGACUCAAAGAAGGAGUCCAGCGGGGGAAGCAGUAGUAAAGAGAAGGUGAAGCCCAUGGCUGGAGGAGAUGAUUCAAAGAAGAAGGAGUCCAGCAAGGAUAUCAGUGGAGGUAUCGGCGGUAUUGGAGGAUUAAUGGAUGGCAACAAUGGCAAAGAGGGAGGAGGCUUUGGAAGUUUCUUAUCUGGCAAGGAUGAGAAAGAGUCAAGUAGCGGAGGAGGUGACAAAGACCUGAACGACCUACUGGGAGACAUUGCAGGAGAGAUAUCUGGCGAGAAAAAUAACUAGAAGGACAACAGCAACACAGACCAAGUGCGAUCAUUUGGGAAGUCUCUUUGGCUGAGUCAGACUGAAGCCGUUUCUUUUUCUCAAUGUAAUCUCAGUGGUCCUAUAUCCCUCUCUCGACUGUGUGUAUUUUCCUCACUAGCAAUGUCUCAAUGAUGUCCCUGCUCCCCAGGGGCAUUUCACUGAUAUACACAUCCUCUAUGCAUGUCUCAGAUCUGAAUUGGACAUGAGAGGAACUGGAGCUAGGGAUGAGCCUAUUCUGGUAACAGAUUAAUCAAUAUGACAUACCUCUGGUUAUAGCCUAUGAAGAAUAUUAUUGACAACCCAAUACUGUCACAAUGCAUUGUGUAAUGUUAAUGUUUUUUAUUAUAUUUGAAAAAUAAAUACAAAUGUUUAUUCCAAAAGUCUGUUGAAUGCCCCGAUGAGCAAGGAUCAGACCUUUUUUUUUUUUUUUAUGUUGGCUUAAAAUGACAUACCCAAAUCUAACUCAGGACCUAAUAAUCAAUCUGACAUACCUCUGGUUAUAGCCUAUGAAGAAUAUUAUUUUAUUGACAACCCAAUACUGUCACAAUGCAUUGUGUAAUGUUAAUGUUUUGUAUUAUAUUUGAAAAGUAAAUAAAAAAAUGUAUUUAAA